AUGGCGUGGAUUUCCGACCUCACCAACUCUACCCUGCACAGUACCCUGCAGGUGACUCUAUCUACCUUUAGCUUUCAGGAUGCCCUCAAAUUCUCUGGCGGCGAUAUGCCCACCUCGUCCUCAAAUCCACCAUUUCUAUUCCACAAUGGUUGUCUGCAGGACGACGGAACUCAGAAUUGUACAGCUUCUUGCCAGGACCAAAAUCAAAUAUUUGGUAGUCUGGACACCUUGCAUAAUUGCAUGGUGUAUCCGACCGUAGCUGAUCUGUACGCGAGGAGCAAUCUGAGUAACGCUAGCAUGGCCGAGUACUACAACAUACAGAAAAGCAAGAGGGGAUCAAAUCUGUACAACAAUAUCACUACUACAAUAAAACAAUGUCUGAUCGAUUAUUGCACUAUAACCCUGGACGGGUCUGGCUGUACAGAGGGUCUAAAAGAAUUUGAUGCGGACUUUUUGAGGAAUUCGCCGUCCAACUUAACAAGUACCUUCUACAUUUACGACAACGAUGAAAGUGAAAAUGAGUUUGAUUUUUGCGAAUACGUCCCCAAUUCCUUCAAUCCAGAUAUCGGUGGUAUAGGGGUGUACGUAUCAUAUUGGAUCCAAACAGGGCUUGCUCUUCUCAGUUUCGUUUUGGUGGUCUGGUGGAAUUGGGGCGUUUAUUACAUGUGCCUAGGAGCUCUUCUCUUACCACGCGGAUACAGCAACGCCAAAAAGAUUGCCCAACGAGUAGGAAACAACUCCAGAAACAAACACCUUCCCAGCCUGACGGGGGCGCUGGCCGAGUUUCAGAAAGCGCAAUGCUUUUUCAUGCUAGCAAUCAACAUUGCAGCUCUUGUCAACAGGAACGGCGGAGGAUUUCAGCCAAACAGCUUGCAGCAGUUGUAUAACACAUACAUCCUCAUCAAGAGCAUCUCCAUCAGCGGGUAUCUUCCCGUCACCUUCACUCUCUUCACACUGCACCUAGUGGACGUGGUGUCAUGGUACCUCUUGGUAUUGUCGAUCGUCACUGUCCUAAUAUCAAUCGCGACUCUCUUCGUCAUUGGGAACUUUAGUCCUAGUCAGGAUGACCUGAAUUACUUGAGCCAGCAGGCAUUAAGCGGCGGGCCUGACUCCUGCGGGACGAGGAACCUUGGCGUGUACUGUUAUAAUCCAGUUGGUGGAGCGGAGGACUACGGCUCAGUUAAUCCUGCCAGUGGAGCGUACUCCAUGUUGGCGUUCUGCCUCGUUGUUCUCAUCCUCCUUGUUGCGCAUCAGUACCAUGCGUUCAAGGAUCCGUCGACAGGACAACCCAAGCCAUGGCUCUCAAGGGUUCUUGGUGCUUUCUUUCGGAAGUAUGACUUCAGUCUUCGAAUCAUCCAAUUUGGACUUGCACUGAUCUCUAUCGGUCUGAAUAGCUACGUUACUGAUUCGUAUAUCUAUGGUAUCGGAGGCGAGCUCAGUGCUAAUAGAUACUAUGAUGAGGACGGGAGCUUCCCGUCGGCAGGCGCACCUGAGUUCGUCAUCUUUGCCUCCUGUUGGUCUCUUUUAUUCGUUCUUUACCUGUUCCUUACCUCAACUACCGCCUAUACACGCGCCCAGAAGCCAAUGGGCAGAUACUUCAACCAAAAGAUUGCUUUUGCUAUGGACUCGUUGUCUGCAAUAUUUUGGUUCGCUGGCUUCAUUGCCCUUGCACUGUUCUAUCAAGUCCUUGGUCCUUGUGAGUAUGAAGGGUCAGGUGCCUGUGGAGCCGUAAUCACAAGUGUCUUCGUGGGAGUCUGUGCUUGUAUCACCUUCGUCGCAACAACAGUUUUGGCUGCGCGUCACAUGCUUCGUACCCGUAAUGAACGUUCCGAGAAGCAUACUCGUGGGAAGCAGUAUUCGAUCCUACAGCACUUCAACAACCACCGCCUGAAACGGCAGCUGUCCGAUAAGGUCCCCUCGUGGAAACGCCUUACAAGAAAGGUACCGUCAUGGAAGCAAAUAUCACGCAAAAUGCCCUCAUGGACCAAACACCCAUUGAUAAUCGACACAUACACAAGGCUCCAGCAAAACACCAUCCCCACCAUGAAGGUCCAUACCCGCCGUGCCUACCAAGACGUGAAGACCCACGCAUCUACAUUGGACUUGCCCUCGACAAUUACAUCCGCCGCGUUGUUUUCAAUGUACCUCAUUUUCUUCGGCCUGUACAUCCAUUGGUUCAAGAUAUUCAUCCAAGAUCUCGAGUGGUUCGGCUACAAUGGCGUGGAUGUGAAUUCUUGGAGUUUCGGGCAGGUCGUUGCGAUCACGGUCUGGGCGGAGCCGCUGUGCGAGUAUUUCCAUUUGGAGUUGCGCGGCAUGAAACGCGGUUUCGAACAUCGCCUCUGGGGCUACAAAGUCGUGAAGAUAAAGCAGCCGGAUGCAGAACGAGGCCUCGUGUCGACCUCCUCGUCUUCCGUUCGUUCACCUUCACCAACCGCCUCACUCGAUGACCACGAGAUCGGCGAAUAUGGCAAGUUGGGCAUUGUCGCAUCCCCCAACGAGGGCGAUCCAGCCCAGGACGGCGAGGAUCUCGAUCAACAGGGAGGCGACUGUAGCAAGUCUGGGAACCCGAAAUCAACGAUAAGGCCGGUGCCGGGGUCGAGGGAAAGGAGUGAGGAGAUAGAGGAGUGCGGAAGAGUAGGAGGAGAGUGGCAGAUUCCGGAAACGGUCAUUCUGACGAGCGAGUCCAUAUCGCCGUUUUAG